ACCACGCCCUCACGUGAAAAUGGCGGACGAGAGUCGGGCCUUGACCCCUGAACUGUUGAGCGCCGCGCUCCUGCCUGCCGAGCCGCUUCUGCUGAUAUUCAGUUUCCUGGAACAUAGAGACCUGGUCAGUUGCCAGUAUGUUUGUCGCAGAUUCCAUCAACUCUGCAGUCAUGACCCCCUGUGGAAGAGACUUUGUGAGAAAUACUGGCUGCUGACAGAGGAGGAUAAAAUGCAGCAGAAUAUACGUUGGAUGGAGCUUUUCCGUCAGUUCUACUGCGACAUGGGACGCUACAUUGAUCACUACAGCCAGUUAAAAAAGGCCUGGCAGGAUUUGAAAGAAUACCUGGGGCAGAGAUGUCCCCGUAUGAUUGCCUCAUUGAAUGUGGGUUUGACUGAAGAAGAGCUGGAUGUUGUUGAACGGCGAAUUAAAUUCAAGCUCCCCAAUGAUUAUCGCUGUUCCCUUCGCAUUCACAACGGGCAGCGACUGGUUGUUCCUGGGCUGAUGGGCAGUAUGGCACUUUCUAGUCACUACCGCUCUGAGGAUCUCUUGGACAUUGAGACAGCUGCAGGGGGCUUCCAGCUGCGCAAAGGCCUGAAGCACUGCCUCCCGCUGACGUUCUGCAUUCACACUGGGCUCAGCCAGUACAUGGCACUGGAUGAGGUGGAAGGCCGCAAACUAAGCGACAUCUUCUACCACUGUGCGAAUCAAAUGGCUUGUGAUCCUUCUGUCGUUGACAUGUUCCUAACAGGCACCUCAUUCACAGAAUGGUUCACCAAGUUCGUUAACAAUGUAAUUUCUGGGCGAUUUCCCAUCAUCCGAGACCAGAUAUUUCGAUACAUUCAUGAUGAGAGAUGGGUGGCUCGAACUGGUGAAAUCAUCAUAUCUGUAGCUACCUCCUUCCUCCCAGAAUUGAGCUCGGUGCAUCCACCACAUUAUUUCUUCUCAUACAGAAUCAGGAUGGAAAUGGUGGAAGAUGCCUCACCAGAUAAUGCCUGUCAGCUGGACAGUCGGUACUGGAAAAUAACCAAUGCAAAUGGAGAUGUGGAGGAGGUCCAAGGUCCUGGUGUAGUGGGUGAAUUCCCUGUGCUGCGCCCUGGCACAGUACACGAAUACACCAGCUGCACUACCUUCGCCACUGCCUCGGGUUAUAUGGAAGGUUACUACACUUUCCACCAUCUUUCACAGCACAGAAACACCUUCAAUGUGACCAUCCCAAGAUUCUGUUUGGUCUGCCCGCCACGACGAAUGCCAUCUACUCACGAGGAUGUCUGGAACAGGGGCUGCAAGAGACAGUGUUCCAUCAGCUACGUCAUCUUGUAAGUUAGGGACUGUACACUGGUGCAAGGACUGAGCAGAGAAUACUGACUCCUUAGAGGGCCUUUCAACGGUGAUUCAGGAGGGUGCUGCUUGGGGAAUGACGAUUCAGGACAAUAGCAGAAGAGGAAAUGAUCAUUCCUUUCUUUCACUCAUGGGGUAUGGCAGGCUGGUCAGCAUUUCAUACUCAUCAUUAUUUGCCCUUCAGAAGAUUGCAGACAGCUGCCUUCUUGAACUCCUGCAGUCCGCACACUGAGUUGACUCACAAUGCCCUAAUGGAGGGAACUUCAGGAUUUUAUCCCAACGACAAGAAAGAACAACGAUAAAUUUCCAAGUCAGGAUGGUGAGUGGCUAGGAGAGAACUUGCAGGUGGUAGUCCAGAGAUCUGCUGCCCUUGGCCAUUGCGAUGGAACUGGACGUGGAUUUAGAAAGUGGAGUCAUUUAGUGAAGUUGAGAAUUUGGCUUGGAAUGUGUUUAUCUCACUGAAAUAAGCAUUUUAGUGAAAUCAGCAUCAAAAGUUGAGUCAUUUGGUGAAGUUGAGAUUUUGACUGGGAAAUGUGCUUCACUCACGAGACAAGCAUUCGAGUCAAACCAGCAUGUAAAGGUGAGACAUUUGGUGAAGUUGACAUUUAGGCCUGGAAAUGUGCUUAUCUCACUGAAUUAAGCAUUUUAGCAAACAAAGCAGUAAAAGUUGAGUCAUUUGGUGAAGUUGAAAUUUAGGCCUGGAAGUGGCCUCUUUUUCUCACUGAAAUAAGCAUUUUAAUGAAACCAGCAUCAAAAGGAUCUCUGAUGAAUUUCUCCAAUGCAUGUUGUAGACAACCACAGUGCUGCUAAUGAGUUGUCAUUGGUGGAGGGAGUGGAUGUGGUGCCAGCCAAGUUGUCUGCUUUGUCUUAGAUGGUAUCAGCAUCUUGAAUGUUGUUGGAGCUGCAUCCAUCCUGCGCAGGUGUGCGUAUUCCAUCACCCUCCUGACUGGUGAUUCUGCAAUAGCUGCAGUAUGUUCAGAGCAUCCUAACAGACCGAGGCACCCAACAUGUUGAUGCUAGUUUUCAUGCAAAAACCUCCUAUCUCAGUUCAUCAAUCUGUCGUGGAUUGUUUUUAUAUUUAUCACUUCAUGUCAAUCACAUCUAAAAGGCCACAUUCUCACUACCUGAAGUCUACAAAAACUCGAUACUGUAGCUGCUGAUGUCAAUCAUCUGAUGUGCUGACAUGCUGAGCGUAUCCAGCAUUUUAAAUAUCGACAUUGCCUGUGUGUUUAUUCCCUUAGUUGAUUCCUCAACUAAUGGUGACACCGUAUCUCUAUCUCCAUUUUGGUUCAGGUAGAUUUGGGACCUUCUUUCUCUCUACCCCAUGAGGGCAGAAGGAAGUGGACAAUACUCAGCCAGGAAACAGCAAAGCAGAAACCUCUGGACAGAGUGAAUGUAAAAGAUGUUGGAUGUCUCUUGUUUUGAAAUGAAAUGUAUUUGAUUAAUAGGAUAGAGAAGGAAAAAUAUACGUUCUUGCUGUCAAAGGCAUCCACAAGUUUAAUAAUAUCUCUCAAGUCAGUCUCCAUCUUCACUUCUGCAGAAGAAAAUGAAUCCAAGUGAGUCACUUACUAAGCAUUUUAGUCUAUAAAUACAAUUUCCCCUGUAUCUUUAUAUCCCAUCCAUUAUAACGUAAACCUGUUCUCAGUCUUCAGAGUGCAUGACUCCUCCUC